UCACAUGGCCGUGACGUCACCUCCUCCUUCAAACCACUCCGAUCUAGCAUCUUCCCUGGUGUCAUUUUGUGCCUGCCUCGGACUGGAGGCCUGUCGUCGCCUUUCCUUCCCCGCCGCCGCGUCCCAGCUGUGAGGUGAAUGUGUGCAGCCGGCGGGGCCAACAUGUCCAAACACGAGCAGAUCCUGGUCCUCGACCCGCCUCACGAGCUCAAAUUCAAAGGUCCGUUUACAGAUGUUGUCACCACAAACCUCAAACUUCGUAAUCCGUCUGAAAAGAAAGUAUGCUUCAAGGUGAAAACUACAGCUCCAAGGCGCUACUGCGUGAGGCCAAACAGUGGCAUUAUAGAUCCUGGAGCCACAGUAACAGUUUCUGUAAUGUUGCAACCUUUUGACUAUGAUCCAAAUGAAAAGAGUAAGCACAAAUUCAUGGUGCAGACAAUAUUUGCUCCAUCAAAUGUAGCAGACAUGGAAGUUAUGUGGAAGGAAGCAAAACCUGAUGAUCUUAUGGAUUCUAAGUUAAAGUGUGUGUUUGACAUGCCACAUGAACAUGAAAAACCGACACAUGAAGCCACAAAACUGUUCGCUUCUCUACCAGUGAAAGGUAGUUCUUCAAUGGAUGAUACCGAAACUAGGAAACUUGUGGAAGAAUGCAAGAAACUUCAGACUGACAUUAUAAAACUGUCAGAUGAAAAUCAGCUGCUGAAAGAUGAUCGAAGGAAGAGCAGAGGACUUGUGAAAGAGCAGGGAAGCCCAAUCCCAUCCCUCGUCGUUGUUAUUGCAGCAAUUUUCAUUGGGUUCUUUUUAGGAAAGUUCAUCUUGUAAAUUAAGGCAUGAAGUGCUAUCACUUUAUUUUCGUUUCCUUCCUGGCCAGAAAGUUGUUUAGCUGCCACGUCAGUUUAUGUACAGCAGCAUUUUGGCAUCACCGUUAACCGAUCUCAAUUCUAUAAACAGAGUAAAAACAAACUGUCUGUGGGACAAAAAUGUGUGUUCGUGCAUCAACAUCAGAAGCUCAUCGCACAUCCAGUCCCUUCUGGGGAGAGAUGUAUUCUACAGACCUUUAUUUCCUGUGGUUUUAAUGGGUUUCAGAAAAAAAAUGUUUUUGUACAUGUUAUUUUAAUCAUUUUAAAAAUUGUCUGUUAACUUUUUUGCAAAACGGUUUCCUUAGAUUGCUAAUCUAAAUCAGGUAUAAGAGUUGAGGUAUUUUGGGAUUGUCUCUUCUGUGUAAAAGCUAAAUUGUUUAUUUUGCAAUGUAUAUCUGUAAUGGCAGAUUCUCUGUGAGGCAGAUGUGACAUAUUUUUUUUUUCCUGCAUUCAUGUCCCUUUACAUUGGAGAUUAAAAGGAAUUAAACCAGAAAAAACCCUUUAUAGAUAUAUAUUUUUUUUCCUGCUGGGUAGAAAUUCUGUGUCCAUAUGGUAGAAAGGGCCUCAGAGUGUAUUUGGCUGCUUAUUUUGGUGUGUAUAUAUAGAGCAUCUUGUUUCCUAUAUGUUUAAACAAAAAUUAACACAAAGUACAUGGACAAUUUUUUUUAUCUUUAACUACUUGCCGGCAUCCCUUUUAUUUAGCAGCACGUUGAUAUCAAUGUGUUGUAAAAAAAAGUGAAAUCUAAUCACUCCGUAGUAAGAUAUUUAAAGUGUAGAUACAGCCGGAAUUUUUAUUUUUUUUUUACUUUGUGAUAGAAUGCAAAUAGGUUAGGAUCCCUUUCAGGUUUUUAUUGCGAUCUGUCUCUCAGCUUGGGAGAUCCACACUCAAGACUGGACCUUUUAAUUGUAGAAAAAGUGUUAAGAAAUCAAAUGUUUAAGUUGUCACAAGGGACAAGAAGGUAGGGAUAAUCUUCCAGUGGCAAAUCUUUUUCUGGUUACUACUUUGUAAAAGGAGAUAUCUACUAUCUCUGUAGAGAUCUUCUUACUUUUUGCUCGGUCUCU